AUGGCAACUGUGUGGAAUUAUUGGUUAGCAAAUCGAGUGAGCCCACCAUGGUUUAAAUCGUGUAUCUUUCAGCAAAUAUGGCGUGAAGCAUGCCUCUCCCAUACACUAGGUAAGUUGUGGACUUUCUUCCAGCUAAAUUGUCUUGAGAUAACAGCUUCUAUAAACCAUGUUCUCGCCAUGAUGCAGCUAGCGCUGAAAGAAGAUCUAUUAGAAGUGGAAUGAUUCCUGGAUCUGGAAUCUGUAAGCUUAAGUGUUCGUCUUUCAAAACUUUAAAGUUCAUUCGGACACAAAAUGGGUGUACUACGUUUUAUAACAAUGUCAUAUAAAACGAAAAGUGAACAGAGUGAGUGCAAAAUACAUGACCCUAUGAUUUAUGCAUGUGGUUGUGGGGAAAGGGACAUUCCAUUUUUUAUCCGCACCCCCCUAGGGAUGAUUGGAAUCCCAACCCUCAAAUUUUUAAAAAUGAAAUCUGAAGGGUUCCUUUUUUUCCCAGCACCUUUUACAAAUUUGUCAGCUUCUUUGAAGAAAUAAUCUGAACCCCCUAUUUAAAAACCUGUCAUCCUUAGAGGUGUUGCUGAUAAAAUUAAUAUGGAACAUACCAAAAUUAAGUGCAUCAUCAUGAUCAUCAGUCAUCGUCUUCAUCAUCAUCAUCAAUAUAUUUCAUGUGAUAAUUGAACCAAAGGGCUGACAUGGUUCUGUCCUACAUGUAGGACAAAAAUGAGAUCAGACAAUAGACAAUACAGAUAUAGUAUCUAAAAAACACAGGUGCUAUAUUGGAAAAUUCCCUUGUGUACUGAUAAUCCAGAAAAAACCAGAGCUGUUGCAAAAAACAUACUUCAGAUCUAUUUUUCUUUUAUUUUUAUUACUACAUUCUAUAGGGAGGGUAGAUGCUGUAAUCCAUGUGUUUUUUAAUUAUGAAGGUAUACAUGUAGAUACAGCUGUAGGUCAUGUACUGAUAUGCUUCACUAUUUUAUGCCUUAUUUUUUUUGUUAUUGACAGGGUUGGAAACUGCAUCAUACCAUCAGCAGCAUAUCACAUAUCUUGCAAGAUUGCUGUUAAACAGCUUGUUAAGUCACAAAUACGAUGAUGCAUUGCAGUGUCUUGUGGGAUUGUGCGGUGCAUGUAGAAGAACACCUGAGCUGUUUUGGAGGGUAAUAUGACUAGAAAUUCCAGAUUACCAGUACAGUUAGUUUGAAUAAAAAAUGAAACCUAAGUACAUUUUCAUCUUACCCACCAUUUGAAGCUAUUAAGUUAAAACGCAUGUUUUUAAUCCUGGAUGCGUCCCAUUUUAUUGUAAAUUCAUAACUGUAACUUACACAUGUACUUUUGCCAUCUUGUUGGCUUCCAUAAACAUUUUAUCAAGAUGGUUGAAAAAGUAAGAGACUGGUGAUUCCAAGUUAAUUUUAUAAUGUUUAAAAUUCUGAACAUCAUACAUGUACAUGUACACAUCAUACAGUUAUUUUUCUAUUUAACCACCAGUUAAAAAAAGAAACACUUUGAGUGUCAAUGUAUUUAGCACAACAGUCCUAAUAGGCCAAUUCUGAGUUCCAAAAACUUUCACUUUCAAAGCAAGUCAAAGUACAAAAUCUUUCUUUUGAAAAUGAUUUUUAUUUGCAUGAGAAUAAAAAGGCAUGUUCAUAUCAAUGGCUUUGCAGUUAGUCUCACCUUGAAACAGAGGCUAUGGGCAACUCAGAAAUGGUCUGUUGAGGACACGAGUCUUAUGUCUCCUCCUGGAAAAAGAAACACCAUUUUACAUGGUCAUCUCAGCCACACAAAGUCUAGCUGUUUGCAGGACAAAGGCAGAACCUUCAUUUCCCAGUUGCUUUAAGACCCUGAGUAUUGGUCCGACCCCAGGGUUUGAACCCACAACCUCCUGCUCUGCAGUCAAGCACUCUACCAGGGCUGCAUGUCACUAAAGGUGAUGUUACACGAGACGACUCGCAACAACGAUUUUUAGCACAACACAGCGUUGCAACAUUGUUACGAGAUUGUUUGAAAUAGGUACAGCAUUUUCCAACAUUGCAACACUGUGUUGCGCUGAAAAUCAUUGUUGCGAAUCAUACCGUGUAACAUCACCUUAAGAGCUGGGGACCCGGGAUUUUCCCCGGCUAUUAUGGACGAGCGCCCCAGCUACUCUAACUAAUGGGAAACAAAAGGAAAAUAGAACCAAAAGGACUUUCAAGCUGUACAAUUCCCCUCUUAUUAAUUGCAUAUACCCAGCAACUUUAAAUUUUAUCGACAGCCCUGCUCUACUAACUCUGUUAGUCCUCCACCCCAGUUAGUCACUAGAGUCCUCGCAGACAAAGUUGUCUGUAAGUCAUUGUCAAUAGAACCUGUAUUAAGUGUCGCCCUUUAACCGCCACUUUUGCAAGCAUAGCCACUUAAUGAAGGUUUUAUUGUAUUAUGACACGCUCUUCUUUCUUUAGACUGGAUGUGAGGUAUUGAUGCAUAACCAACCAGGAAGCUAUGCCCACAUGAAUCAGUUCAUCAAGAAUAUGUUUGUGAUUUGUGUUCCAUUUCAAAAGGAACUCUUGUUGGACUUUGCUAUGUACUUGGUGAAGCAAAAUGGAGACAUUACAGAAGCACAGGAGCUGUUGACUUCAAAGCUUUCACAUAAAUCAUUCUCGUCAUGCCCUCUUCUUAGAGCGUACUCAGGACUCUUUGCUUAUCUCUCGUGGAAAAAAAGCAGAAUCCAGUUGGAGAAGAGGGAUAUAGAGGGGGAAGAUAUUGAAGAAAUGAGUCACAUUUCUGACAGUGCAUCUUUAACAAACCUUAAGCGACAGAUGGAUUUUCAUGGAAAACAGGCAUUACUUUUGUUUGCUGGUCUAGUGGAACACAGUGGAGUGUGGGAUAUUUUUGUAACAAGACAAAUUGAGAUGUUGAAAUAUUAUAACAAAGAUGAUGAAGCUAAGAAGGUCUUACUCAGAUACAAGGAGAAAAAUCCAGAAAAUCCUAAUGCUCACAGGUACAUGUGAUCUCACAGGAGCACUGUUAAUGUCUAGAAAAAAUAGUUUUUGUUGCUCAUCGUAUUGGAUAUAUACAGUUAAAUAUAUGAAUGUACUGGUAGUUGUUUGUCUCACAAUGUACAAGUCAUAUUUUAUGGAUAUAACUAUAGUCACGUGGGAUGGUAUUUCACUUGAGGUGUACUGUACAUGUAUAUAUCAACUACUUGUACUUUUAGUCAGUCUUCAUUAAGCCAUUAGAUUGGACUGGUGAAUUUUGAUCUUCAUUGUUUCAGUGAUGUGAUCAUCCAUCAAGUCACCAUUCCUAAGUAUGCCCUUGUGUAUAUGUUGUGUUUCAAUUUUAUCCUUGGUUUAAAAUUUUAUUUCUCUUGGUUCUUGAGUAUGGUAUUGUAUGAUUUAUAAUUAGUUUAAAUAAGGGAAAGAAAAUUAAACUUAGGAUGAAAUUGAACCACAACACACAUGUAUACAAAGGCUAGGUCUUGGCCCCCACCCCAGCUGGUCAUGGUUGGACUUACAGUGUAGUUCCUUGUAAUGUAGUGCCUGCAUAAUCUGACAUACAUGUAUGUCCUUGUGGUCCCCUUUGAUCAUUUGCUUUUAGUACUUAAAUACCUUUUCACGUUUGAUUUAAUUAUGUUAGAAGACCGUACAAUGCUGAAGUGGAGCACAUCAUACGUGUAAUACGUUAUUGCAAAGAUACCCCUAAUGGUCUACCAGUUUACUGUAUUUAACAGUCUUUGCAGGUACUACAUCUUAUAUAGUAUGUGCAUCCCUGACCUUUGAAAACAUUGUUGAAGCUAUAGAAUGUGGAAGUAUAUGAAUAAAGUCAAUAAAUUGUUAGCGGCAUUUCAGUCCCUAGUAUGGCUUUCUCACACACCACUGGUAGCCAUGCCAAGCCGACUGCCGCAGCCUGACCGGCCUUUAUUCCAAAAUAUUCAUGAAAAUGUAUACAUAACAUACCCCUAAGAAAAGUGGGGCACCAACAAAAUUACAAAGAUGCACAUUACAUUUAAACAGCCUACAAAGCUGAAAUCUUAGGGUGGGUGGGUGGGAAGGUCAGUAAUGGCAGACGCAACAAAGGCAACUGCCUGCCUUUUGGUCACAUGACCUCUACACAGGCUCCCAGUGGUGUGUGAGAAAAACAUUAAUUUUACUUAUUUUGUUACACUCAACUUCUUUCUUAGCAACAAGAUCACACUUUUCUGACCAUGAUAAAUUACAUUGUUAUUUUAAGGUAUUUGUAUUACUUCCUCAAAGAGCAAAAAACAGACAGACUAGAACUUUGUAAUGUGCUGGAGGGUUUACUUCAUAUUGAUCCAACAAGUGAACUGAGUGAGGAGUACAUCAAGCUUAAGAUGCAUGAGACUGGUGAGUAAAAACUGUAAGAAGAUGAGACUUGUACUGACCAAAAUGAUGCAUCUUUUUGAGGAGGACUUGUGGUUCUAGCUCCUAAACUCAGGGACAAUUUUUUGAUCAUUCCCUCAAGAAGUUUGCACGUAUUUUCUGUUUUCGCUAUUAUAUCUAUUGUGAGUUACUGUAAUUCACACUUCAGUCAUUUAUUUCCAUGGACCACUUUUUGACAACUUGACAGUGAUUAUUGCUCAGCACCAUUAUUCCUCACGAAACCAAGGUCGUAAGGCGUAGUGAAGGUUUGUAUUUUUGUCAAAAUUUGCAUCGCGUGUUGAACGUGGGUGGAUCCCACAGCAAGCAAAAACACCAGGUGGCCAUAUUUCUAUGUAUCUCUUGGUGUCCGAAAUAUAACGCCAUCAAGCUAGCCUAGGCUGUUGAUUUGUGGCUGUUUUGGCGAUCAAGAAAUGUUUUUGGUGAUAAAUUUGGGUGGAAGAAGUACAACAUGUAUUUCACAGAGAAAAUUUUAGAAAUUUGGACCAUCCGUUUCAUAAUGGCAACAACAGGGUCCUGAAGUCUUGAACAAUGAAAAGCUUUCUGUAUCAAGACAAUACGGUGAAAUUUAUUCAACUCUAAAAUAGCUGCUAUCCUUUAGCUUUAGUAUGUUAUUUGUACUUAGGUAUUGUUUUUGUGUCAUGACUGUGCAAAAUAUGCAAUAUUUUGUGAGACAAUAAUGUAAGUGCCUGAGAAAAUGAACUCUUUGAAUUUUGUUUUUAAGUCCUGGAAAAGUUCUUGAAUAAAGUUAAUGAAACCUGUAUUAACGAUGAGCAUUUUUGGUCACAAACCAUUUCAAAUGAUCAGUUUGUUGCGUCAAAAGUACUGACCAAACAUAAAUUUUGCAGUGAAACUAUUCAAAUGAAAGAGGGUUUUUCAGUUUGUGUUCACUUUUAAGCUUAGACAUUACAUUGUUCUGUUGCUUAUUUGUGCCUGAAAAAGACUUUUUCUAGAGCCUUCUGAAUACAGGCACCUUGUCCUUUUACUUCUGAAUUAAGUGGUUUUCUAGAUGUUUUUUUAUUAUUCUACUCUGCAGAUCAAUCAAAAGGACUUCUUGAUGCACUGGCAGCUUUUUUCAUUAAGCUCGACCAUGCAGCUUCUCGGCAGUGUAUCAAAGAUUGGGAAGCAUUUUCUGACACUCUUCACAUGUAUUUUGCCACACAUGAGAAGAAUAGUUUGGGGGAGCUUUGGAACGACCGAUCUGAUUGGUGGCCACAAUAUCACUUUCGUCAGGAUCUGGUACCUUCCAAAGAUCAAGUGUCAGAGACUGACUGGCAACUGGCCCAACAUAAAGCUGAUGCAGCAAGAUGGCUCCUUGGGAAAAGUAUGGUUACUAUUUUGUUUUGAGUUGACAUCAUCAUUAGUCUCAAAAAAGUGGCUGCUUGCCACCAUGUCAACAUUGAAGUUUGACAUAAUUUGAAUCUUCUCUCGGCAAAAUCAACACCAAGGGUGCUUUCCACAAGUCAGAACUUGCCAGCCGGCCAAUGGCCAGACCAGUCAUUUUGUAUAUUAAAUAAACUUUUCCCAAGUGUUUUUACUGAAAAACCAUCUCCUUCGUACAUACUAUUUAGGAUUUGACAUAUCUCAGCUGGCUGGAUAGUUGCAUUCGAGGUACAAGAAUGCAACCCCUAAUUUGUGUUGGGUGUUCUGUGCCUUAUUGGGUGUCUUGUGCAAUUAAAAAGAAUCCCGGGUUAAGUGCUAAUCGGCCUUUGAACAACUGCGCCCUGUAAUCACGCCAGUGAAACAAAAGUUAAAAUGUUCUAUUUACACGCCCAACGCACUCUGGCCACUGUCUCCUCCAAUUACAAGCACUUGACACCGAACCAUACCAUAUCUUUUCAAAAUCUUCUUAUAAUGAUACACAGUUUAAAAAGAGGUUUCGUUGUACACAACCCUUACGUUCAAAAUAUGCCAUAAUCAUAUUUAUCUAUCGCAAGAACCAUCCAAUCUUCCCCCUCAACUGUUACCCACCUGUGCGCCUAACAAACAUAUCGAACGCACUCUCCUAAGCUCCGAUUACUCCUAGCUUAGAUUAAAAGUGAAAUUCUCAUUAUGAUGGGAAUGGUCUGUCCUGUCAGUUCUGACAAAUGGAAAGCACCCUAAGUUUAUCUCAACCAAGAUUUUUUGGGGGAGGAAGUAUGGUUAUAGACCUCCCACAUUUUUGUUGUGGCUGUUUGUACAAGAUUAUAAAGUGGUGUUACUUUCUGUAAAGUUCUUUUCUACCCCACAUAACAUUCUCACAACGUAUUACAUGAGAAUCGUUUGAUAAAUUGAGAACAAGCAAGGACUCCUGGUGGGGGUAGGGGUGGGGACAACCCCUUCUUUGGCCUUAAUGGGGAGUCCUGAAGGGGGUGGGGUUGGGGCAACCCCUUCUUUGGCCUUAAUGGGAACUGCUGAUGGACAGCCAUGAGGGUUGUGUCUCAAACGGGUGUCAGUCUGUACUUUAUUCACAAGAUUUUAUGUAUGAGCAUGGUGUAUACAAGUGCUCCUCAUCUUACUAUAAGUUGUUUUGUUUUAAACACUGCAGCAAAAUGAAAAGACUUUGUCUUGAAAAGACUCAUUGUUUGAAGGCCUUAUACAACACAGCCCUAUGUAAGCUUUCCCCCGGGUGCUGGGUUAAACAGUUGAAAUAUUGUUACAAUGUUUUUUUGGAGAGAAUGUCCUGAAAUGCUGAGAUUAUGCUGGUUCAAACAGUCACAAGGUUGCUUCGACAAGACGAAGUGUAUAAUCAUGUUAUUACCACAAUAGGAAAUAACAGUAGCAUUCUCCUUCUCAAGUACAGUACAGCAAAGUUGUUUAACCCUUGAAGUCCCAAGAGUUAUCAACUUCCAUUUUCUCCCAACAGCAUCAAUAAAUAAUUACGAGGAAAGGUUAUGAGAACUGAAAAAAUGACCCACAGAGGGAAAAUGGUUUGAUCUUUCUUCAAAUUCUCUCAACUGAUUUUGUAAGGAAAUGUAUGGAGAUCAGUCCAGAGAAUUUGUAUGUGGGUAUUAGGGUUUAAAGGGUUAACAUUUUGACAGCACAGAAAUGUUGUAACCAGGGGCAUAGACAGCUCUUAGACCUGUAGGCCCAGGCUUACAAAUUUUUGGCUUGAUCACUCCACCGCUUGUAAUAAAUCAUGGGUUGUUGGGGUGAGCUAAAAAGCUUGAGAUCUCAAGGUGUUGGUUAGGUCAGUGCGUACUAGUCAUGCGUGAAAUUUUCAGGAUAUGUGGAAAUGAAAGUCAGCCAGGCCUACAACUAGUCAAAAAGCUGGUUAUGCCCCUGGUAACAGCACAAAUGCUGCGAAAAUGUCGCAUUUGUCUGAAAGGGACUUGAAAUUUUGUCUCUUUGUUUCAAAGAAAACCCUUUCACCAAGGCUGUGAAGAGGCAAGAGUCAGAGGACAACUCAUCUUACAGUGACACAGCAUCACCAAGAAAAAGAAAAACUAUAACACUAUUCACUGAUUCACCAUCGCCCCUCAAGAGAAAAAAACAAAAAUGGCUCCAAAUUGCAUGA